UAGAGACUCGAUGGACGUCAACCAUAUGAUUACAGAAGGCUGAAGAUAGAGUUUGGUGGAGAGAGGGGAUGUUGUAUGGUUCAUAUGGGUGACACAAGGAUUUUAGCCCAGGUAUCGUGUGAAGUUGUUGAACCCAAAGAAAACAGACCAAAUGAAGGUCAACUGUUUGUUAACCUUGAACUCUCACCUAUGGCAUCAACUACAUUUGAAGCAGGAAGGUUAUCAGAUUAUGGUGUAGAACUGAACAGAUUAUUGGAAAGGACUGUUAAAGAUUCAAGAGCUUUAGAUGUUGAAUCAUUAUGCAUUGUUGCUGGUGAAAAGGUUUGGAAGAUAAGACUAGAUGUGCAUGUAUUGAACCAUGAUGGUAAUAUAUUAGACUCAGCCUGCAUAGCAGCCAUCGCUGCUCUCUCACACUUUAGAAGACCAGAUGUGACCGUUAUAGGAGAGAGUGUCACUAUCCAUUCUCCUCAAGAUCGUGAUCCUGUCCCUCUCAAUGUUCAUCAUAUACCUGUUUGUGUAACAUUUGCAUUCUAUCACCAAGGGUCAAGGUUACUUGUUGAUCCAACAGAGAAGGAAGAGAGAGUAAUGGAAGGUACAAUGGUUGUUGGUAUGAAUGUUCAUAGAGAGCUGUGUACCAUGCAGGUUACAGGAAGUAUGCUCAUACUUAAAGAACAGAUCAUGCGAUGUUGUCAGAUUGCCGUAGUUAAAGUAGGAGAACUUACAGACCUCAUCAAACUAGCUUUAGAGAAGGAUAAAACAGCCAGAGCUGAAGGUAAGAAGUUUGGUUUUGCUGAAUCCCAUCCAAAGAAAUUAAUCACAAGUCAAGUCAUUCCUGAACAGACCGUUGAUACGUCAGACAUUGAAGGUGAAGUCAAGCAGAUUAUGGAGACGACUGAACAACCUGAACAAGUAUCCAGCAAGUUAGAGAUCAAAAAGCCAGGCUUGGGACAGAUAGGAGAAGGAUUAAGAAACUCUUGGUUUGAUGAUGAUGGUGAUAAAGAGGAAGAAAAGAAUGGAAAGGAGGAGGAUGAAGAUAUGGAAGGGAUAGUAUCAGAAGAAGAAGAGGAGGAGAUUGUGAUAAAACCUGUAGCUAAAGAGAAAAGAAAAGGAAAAUCCAAGGCUUAUGAUUCAGAGAGUGAAGAAGAAGAAACAUUCACAUUAGAUAAUGCAGAGCUUGAUAUUGUUCCUAGGUCAAAGUCAUUAAAACCUUCAGAGGAAUUGGAUCUUACUUCAGCGUUAAAGAAACCAUCAGAGAAGAUUAAAACUGGAGGGAACGUCAAAUCUAAGGGAGGGAAGAAGAAAUGGAAGAAAGGACAAAAUAUCAAAGAUAGGCCAUGAGAAAUUUACAACAGGAUGACUAAUAUAGAACAAGAACUAUUAUGAGAAAUAUAGAAGAGAAACUAAUCAUAUGAAUGAGACUUUGGAGUACUGUGAAGCAGAUAUAAACUGCUUUAGAUGGGACGAAUCAGAUGACUAGAUCUUUUAGGAGGUUCAUAUGAUUGGUUGGAUGAGUAAUAAAACUUCUUUUCUAUGAAUGUAAGAAUAUUAUGUCACAAGACUUGCACUAUUGCUAAACCUGCUAUGCCAUCUCUAGAUAAGGUGCGUAAAGGAACAUUGAAAAUCAGAUGGGCAUUUGCCUGUUUCUUGAUUGUGUAAACAAGACAUUUUAUAUUGGGUUGAAUAGAUUGUUCAGAAAGCUUUAAAAGGGAAGAAACAAAUGGCUGGACUGAUAUGACAAAUGAUGAAGAUUGAGUAACUGAUCACAUCUCAAGAUAAGCUUUAGUAGCAUGAUAUGACAUGUCAUGAUGACAUCAAACCCAGCUGAUCUUUCAAUCCUGAACAAGAAUAAGCUAAAAGAAAUUUUGAUAGCAUUCUGAUCUACUGGAUUUCAUUCAUUCAAGAUAAUUCCUGAGAUGUUAAGGCAAUUCACCCUCCCUCUUUUUGCUAGGCUUUUACCAGUAAAAGGGAGAGGUAAGCAUAAUGCUGAAGUAUGGAGGUAGAUCAUAGAGUUUUACUAAAUGUUCUCAGACCCAGCUACGCAUCUUUGUACACAUCACUUUUAGUUAGACUUAAUUAUCUGUGAAACACCCCCUGUGACACGUUUUAUAAAACUCAUUAUAACAAAUUUGUAAUAGCACUUUAAAGCUACUGAAAUCAUUCAAUAUGAAUUGCUGCUAGUAAACUUGUUAUAGAAAUUAUGCAUUUGUUUUUAUAGCAAAUCUUUAUAAAACGGGACGUGGAUGUAAAAGGAGGAUCUCGGAGCGAUUGUAGAUAUCAUUUCUCACUUUUAAUUAUCAAGAACUCAGAUUAUUAUUAUUUUGUUUAGCAUCACCUGUGCCUGGGAGGAGAAAAGUGAACAGAAUCACUAUGACCCACUUGUCUCUCCUCCCAAUGUAACUGAUGGGGGGGGGGGGUGCUGGUGGACCACUUCACUUGCCUUUACCCCUACUCUUGUGUGGCCAGUCUGUGUAAUAAUCUGUAAUAUAUUUACAUUACCAUCAAGAUGUUCCUUUUAUCUGACAUACCAUCCAUACUCGGGAAUGAUUAAUUCAGGGUGCAGUUAAUAUCAUUGCUGGGAUUUCAAAUACAUGUAGAUUUUAACUGAAAUAACAAUGUGAGGCCAACUUGCUGAUGUAUGUGAUAUACUUCUGAGCAGGAAUUUAAAAUCAGUUUUAAUCUAUGGUCUAUUUAUGGGUAGCUAGAACAUGUUAAUGCUCUUAUUUUUCUUUUGGUUUAAGGGACUUCCAGGUACUGUUUUAUGAAGCUUCUCAUACUCUGAGAGUUACCAUAGCAACAAUCUGAGAGUGGUGCUUUCCAGUAAAUCAAAACCAAGGAUUUCACUUAUUAUCAGAACUCUCAUGAGAGUGAUCAGUUUUCUUGAUUUAAUAAUAAAGAAACAAUUCUACUUCAUUCAUCCUCUAACAGUUAUAUUAAUGAUGUUCUGACAAUCGUAAUUGGCUUUCCAUAGUCAUUUCAUGUAUUUCAUCCAUGGUUGAAUAGGGAGCUUUUGACUUUCUAUCCAUUACACAAAAUUCCUCUAAUUUGGAGAAAUUAGUCCUACUGAGCAUGAAUAAAGGAUGUAUCAUUAAAGGAGAGAAGAAUUCAGCAUCAUCGGCUAGGUUGUAAAAUCUAAAUUUUUACCAAAGUGCCCUUUUUACUAAAUCAGCCGUAUGUUACUCCUUUUUGAAGCUGUAAUUUUUAGAUUGAAAAGACAUGACUAUUUCAUAUGAAUCAAAGCAUUGUGUUUCUUAUU